AUGAAGAGAGAGUACGAAGAGUUCAAGGUGAGAAUUAAUGUACUUGUCGCGGAGUCUCAGAAAAAACCAGAAGAGGGGUGGGUGCUGCAAGAUGGUACUCCAUGGCCCAGGAAUAACACCGACAAUCAUCCAGGAAUGAUUCAGGUGUGUCUUAGAAGUGCUUUGGCCGUAGACAAUGAAGGCAAGUCACUGCCACGACUUGUGUAUGUUUCGCGCGAGAAGUGUUCUGGUUAUCAACACCAUAACAAAGCUGGAGCAAUGAAUUCUCUACUUCGAGUUUCUGCUGUGCUUAGCAAUGUACCUUUUGUGUUGAAUUUGGAUUGUGAUCAAUACAUCAAUAAUAUUAUUAUUAAUAUUAUUAUGACUUUAACUUUAAUUAGUGAUAUGUGUUUGUCAAUCCAUUUAGAUACUAAAAUAGAGGAGACAUGUCUGUUUGUUUGCGGUAUUACUAAAGUGAAAUAA